CCCACCCCCACACAAACUCUCCGAUCUCCGCCCACACCCCACACCCUCAUUUGAAUUUUGGAAAAAAAUAGCAACGACAUUUCAUUUAACAAUUAUGAUCUAUUCAAUGAUUAGUUUAAUUAGUUUAUAUAUAUAUCAAGUAAUGUUUUUUAAGUAUUUUACAUUCAUCAUAUAAAAUGAAUUAUUAUGUUUAUUUUAGUUUGAAAAAGUCAAUGUAUUUUUAUCGACAAGAUUUAGUAAAAAAUUACUUGCAUUAAUUGGACUUGAAGUCGUAUCAUCAGAUGUUUUGACGAUUAAAUUACUUAUACCAAGCAUAUUUCUUGUUGUUAACAUAGUACAAAUUUAUUGUUUUCAUUCUGAUUGGAUGAAUUUAAUUAGAAUGCCAAGUGAUAUAAAUAUUCAAGGUUCAUCAUAUAGUACAUUAAAAUAUAUUCAUGCUUAUGCAAAAGAAAAUCUAAAUAAUCUUGAUAACAACGAACCAAAAGCUUGGCAUGAAUCUUUCUAUAAAUUUUAUCUUCAAUUAAACUAUUUAUAUAAACAAAUAAUUCAUUAUGUUUGGCGUUUUGGUGAAUUACAUUCAUAUAAAUUGGUUCUAUUUAUAAUGGUCCUUAUUUCUGUAUUGAAAAUAUCUGCAUUUAAUAUGAUCUUAAUGAUUUUGACAACUAUUGGUUUAUCAUUAUUACAUCGUCGAUCAUUAAUUAAUAUAAUAACAUUGAUCAUUACAAGUUUAUAUAUCCUUACAUCAAUGUGUUAUCAAUUAGAAAUAGUUAAUCAACUAAUUAUUGAAAAGAAUGUUUAUCAAAAUUGUUCUCGAAUUCAUUCAAACGUAAGACUUGGUGAAAGACUUUAUCUGAAUUCAGCUGAUGUAGCAGAAUGGUUUGGUUUGAAAUUAACAUCAAAAAUUGAUCAAUUUCUUGGACUUUAUAUAUUAUUAACAAUUGUUUUAACAUUUGAUGCAAUUGUACAAUAUCGACAAAGACAUCGUCGUUUAACAUUAUCAGUUCAUUUUAAUGUUCAUCUUGUUGAAAAUCCUUUUUCAAUUUUAUUUGAACCAUUUGCAUUGAAAGAUGUUCAUGAUAAUAGUUAUACAUAUGAUUUUGUUGAUUAUAAACAAGCUAAUGAAAACAUGAUUAAUUUUUUAAAAUAUUUAGCUAAUUUUAUUUUCUAUCGAUUUGGUUUGGAAAUAUGUUAUAUAACAAUAAUAAUUGUCAUUAGUAUUCGUCUUGAUGUAAUGGCUAUGAUGUAUUUAAUAUGGCUUGGUAUAUUUUUAAUAUCAAGUCGACGAUUUAUUCAACGAAUAUGGUCUAUUUAUAUAUUCUUUCAUAUUAUUGUCUUUCCAGUGCAAUAUAUGAGUGCUGUUGGUGCUCCACCAAAUCUUGGCUUUGAAUAUCCAUGGUUAGCUGUUAACUUCAAUAGUUGGCCGCAAUUAAAACGUUGGCUUUAUUUACCUGAUUAUGUAACUCCACCAAUAGCAACACAUUUAAUUGCUGAUUUUUUUCAAUUUUUAUUUGCUUGUCAACAAUGGCGUGUAUUUGUAUAUGAAACAAAUGAAGAAGAUCGUAAAUAUGCUGAAGCUGGUGGAUCAAAUUACGAAAUAAUCCAUGAUAAUGAUGUUUAUAAAAACAAUCGAACAUCGAAUUUUGUAACAGAUCUACGAAAUUGGCUUGAUUAUUUUAAAUAUGAAAUAUUUAUGUAUGGAAUAUGGAGUGUUGUAUUGAUCAUGUAUUUAACUGGAACAUGGCGAAUUGAUUACCUUAGAUUUGGUUAUCUUAUGGCAUGUAUAUAUUUUCUUUGGGAUGGACAAAAUUUUUUAAUAAAACAUAUUACAGUUAUUCUUCGAUUGGAUGGACUUUGUAUGAUGUUUCUUUUAUUGCAAAAACGAAUAUUUGCAAGUCAUUAUUGGCAAUAUAUUGUCACGGAACUUGAUUCUCAAGCUAAAUUCGUUAGUCAAGGUGGUAUUUUAUUCAAUGAAAUGUUAUGUAAACAAAGAGAAGAAGAUGAUAGACGUGAAGAACAAACUGUGAUGAAAACAAUUCAAAAUUUAAAAUAUAUUAAAGAGCAACACUUAAGAUUAAAUCAAUCGGAUAGCAAAGUUGCUUCAAAACUUGUUGAACCAUCUGAACAUUUCGAAGCAAUUCGAUCGGGAGAUUAUUACAUGUUCAAUUAUAAAUCAAACGAAGAAGAAGAUGAAGGAAAACAAGAUAAAGCUAUUGAUAUUCUAGAACAGUUUUUUCGAGUUUUAUCAGCAUGUGACAAAGAUGCAGCGGUUGCUGUUGCUAUUCAAAAACAUCCAAUAUCACCUGUUAUUGAAUCAAAUAGUCAAAAAUUCACUACGUCACCAUCAUUUUCUUCUCUUUCUCUUCCAUUAGCAGCAACAACAAUAACAACAACAAUGCCACUUUUACAAGUUCCAAUAGAAAUAACAUCUGUCGAACCAAAAGAAAUAGAAUCCAAAAAGAAAGAAAAAUUAAUUUUCAUUAAAAUACGUUUAAUUGGUGAAAUUAUUACUGAUUAUUUUAUUGAUUUAUUUAAUCAAUAUUCACAUGAUUAUCGGAAAGUUUCAAGAAAAUUAGCUAAAAUGAAAUCUGAAGAUAAAGUUAUUCAACGAGAAUGUAUUCAACUAAAAACAAAUGAUGAUAAAGCUUCUGUUAUCGAUAUGGAUAAAAUGGCUGAUAAUAAUCAUCCAGAUAGAUAUGUUCAUCUUCGAAAACCAUCUCAACCAAUUGAUAUAAAUCAACGUUCACGUCCUUAUCGUUUAUUUAAUUCUUUAUUUUACUUCAUAAUGUCUCAAUCAGAAUUAUUAUGUUAUUCAGCUAUGAUAAUAAAACAUUUAACAUUAGGUGGACUUCUAUCAAUGCUACUUCCAUUAUCGAUAUUUCUUUGGACGACAUUAUCACCACGACCAUCACGUAAUUAUUGGAUUGCUGUUUUAAUUUAUACACACGUAAUGAUUGGGAUUACAUAUUUAUAUCAAAUUCAAUUUUAUGAUUGGAAUAUUGAUACAACAGAUGCUCAUCCAUUAUCAGUAAUUAAUAUUAUUGGAGUUACUCGAAAAGAAACUGCUUUUUCAAUUGCUGAUCUAUUUUUAUUUUCAUCUUUAUUUCUUCAUCGAUCCAUAUUGAUGCAACUCGGACUUUGGAAAGCAGAACAAACAACGUUAAAUGAUUCAACAAGCACAGAUGUUAAUCAUAGUGAACGAAAACAUGAAUCAAAUGAACAAUCAAAAUCAACACGAAUAAAAAGUUAUUUUAUGACACUAAUAAAAAGAUUUCAUAACCAACUUCAACAACCAUUAUUUGUUCGUGAUUUUUAUGUACCAAUGUUCUUUUGUGAUUUCAUUAAUAUUAUUCUUGUUAUUAGUUUUUAUAGUGCAUUCGGUGAACAAACUGGUGUAAAUUUUGUACAAACCAUAAAAGAAAAUCGAGUUCCUCUAUCUUUUGUUGGUAUAUUAUUAAUUCAAUUUAUAUUUAUUAUUAUUGAUCGAGCACUUUAUUUACGUUGUAACGUUUAUGGAAAAUUAUGCUUUCAAUUAUUUCAAGUCAUAAUUGUACAUAUUUGGUUAUUUUUGGUUUUACCUAACGAAACUGAAACGAAAUUCCGAGAUAAUUGUGCAGCUCAAUUCUGGUAUGUAUUCAAAUGUAUUUAUUUCGGUUGUUCAUCAAUACAAAUACGAUCAAAGUAUCCAAAACAUCGCAUAAGAAAUGCUCUUAUGCAAAGUUAUAUAUUAAUUCCAUUUUUCCUUGAAUUACGAACGCUCAUGAACUGGAUGUUCACUGAUACAGCACUUGAUUUAUCAAAUUGGUUACAAUUAGAAGAUAUCUAUUCAAAGGUUUAUUUACUUAAAUGUGCAAGAUGGGCAGAAAAAAUAUUUCCAACAGAACGUGGUAAACCUCGAUCAAAAACAAAGAAAUAUGGUCUUGGUGGUUUAUUAUUAGUGUUAUUAAUUUUAUUAAUAUGGUUUCCAUUAGUAAUCUUUUCAAUCACUUCAUCGUUUUAUCGUUCAAAUCCACCAAAAGAAAUUAAUAUUGAAAUAAAAUUAGGUGAUUAUUUGCCAAUUUAUCAAAUGACAGCACAAAAUAGACAUUUAAUUCCAUUUACUCUUGGUGAUUAUAAUCGUUUACGUUCAGCAAUCUAUUCAUCAAAGAUUAAAUCAACAGUUAACGAUAAUGCUCGUGCAUUUUUACGUCGUUUCCAUCCCAAUGAUAUUUUGUGUGCGAAUUUCUUCGCAACUAGUUUUAAUAUCUGGGAAUUAAAUCAACCGAUACGUGAUACUCUUGUAAAUAAUUUACAAACAAAUAUUACAGUACCUGUACAAUUUACAUAUACAAUAACACAUAAUUCACCAGAUGAAGAUACCUCGGAAUCCCAACAUAUGCCAACAAUUAUAAGAGGUCAAAAUACAGUUGAUAUUGAACUAAAAGAUAAAGAAAUUCGGAAAUCACUUAUUGACAUACUUAAUAAAACAUUUGAUGCACAAAAACCAAGAGAAUUUAAAAUUUACAAUUUAAUGCCGCGAUUUUUGCGUGUUAAAGCCAAAGGAAAACCAAAAGAUAUUAAAGUAUUCAAUAAAAUUUUUCCAGCGGAAUAUUAUGCUCAUAUAACAAUGAGUCUUAAUGAAACAAAAUCAAUAUCAAAUAGUAGUGAAGUUUGGUGGGAAAUGACAGAAGAUCGAACGGAAUUCAAAGUUACUCCAUCAUGUUUAUUUUCCAGUGAAGAAUAUUUGAGCAUGAUUUUUUUCAAUGAUAAAAUCUCGCCGAAUAAUAUUUCAUUUCUUACUCGUUAUGGGAUUCUUGGUCUAUACACAACACUUGUAAUUGUUAUUGCACGAAUAUUGCGUACAUUCUUUCAAACAAGUGAAAAAAUAAUGUUUUAUGAAUUACCAAAUGUAGAACGUUUAUGGAAUCUUUUACAAGCUAUUGAUUUGGUUCGAGAAUAUAAUUUUCUACUUAUCGAAGAAGAACUUUUUGCUAAAAUUAUAUUUUUAUAUCGUUCACCAGAGACACUUAUAGGCUUCACAAAAUUAAAAUUAGAUUAA